GCCGGUCGCCACCAAAGUCAUCACUGUCACCAAACACUCUCUCCCUCCUCUCCCACCUGCCCCCGUAAAACUACGUCCGUUCCUUUUGUACAUCUCCUCCACUUCCGCCAAAUCGAUCGCUGAUUGCGCUUCCGGCGACGUCUACGGUGGGCGUGGCGGAAGCAGAUAAAGAAAGUCAGAUUUUUUCUGGGGUUUUGGAGUGUUUAGGCUGUGGCGAGGAUCGAAGUCCGUGAGAUUUUUCAGGCUCUGCUUUGUCGGUUCCUUCGUUGUUAUCGACGCGAGGGCUCCGUCCGAAUCAUCGCCUCUUCUGUCGGAUUCUCCGCCUCCGCGUGCCCUAAAGAUCCCUCUCUGAUCACCUCGAGGGAUUGCGUCGUUCGUGAAGAUGAUCGCCUCUGUGAAUCACUCCACCGCCGGGAUCGGCGUGAUUGGUCUCGUCCGGCACAGGGUGCCUUGUGUUAGACCUCGGAUCGCGUCCGCUCAUCCCGUAUCUGCGAUCACAAACCUUGGUUUGUCAGUUUCCUCCCUGAAACCCCCUUAUCUCGCGAUUCCCAAGGGGCUUGGGCUUGGCUUCGUCCGGAGAGAUGGAGCUUCGUCGGCUGCGGAGCCCCGGGGUCUCCAUUUCAAGUGCGAGGCUCACGAAGCUGAUAGAUCGGAGGUCCCUGAGAUCUCCGCUGGGGAGGCUCGUUCGGUUGCCGCCCGGAGGGUAAAGAUCGGCAUCUACUUCGCCACUUGGUGGGCUCUCAACGUCGUCUUCAACAUCUACAACAAGAAGGUCCUCAACGCCUUCCCUUACCCAUGGCUAACGUCCACCCUCUCCCUCGCCACGGGCACCCUCAUCAUGCUUAUCUCCUGGGGGACCAGAAUUGCCAAGCCCCCCAAGACCGAUUUCAAUUUCUGGAAAGCCCUUGCACCGGUGGCGGUGGCACACACGAUCGGGCAUGUGGCGGCGACGAUAAGCAUGUCGAAGGUGGCGGUUUCGUUCACCCACAUAAUCAAAAGCGGGGAGCCAGCUUUCAGCGUGUUGGUCUCACGGUUUCUGCUGGGAGAGACUUUCCCUGUGCCGGUUUACCUCUCUCUAGUCCCGAUCAUUGGUGGAUGUGCUCUAGCUGCUGUGACAGAGCUCAACUUUAACAUGAUUGGUUUCAUGGGUGCGAUGAUAUCAAACCUUGCGUUCGUCUUUCGCAACAUCUUCUCAAAAAGGGGGAUGAAGGGGACGUCUGUUAGUGGAAUGAACUAUUAUGCUUGCCUCUCUAUCCUGUCCCUGUUGAUACUCACACCAUUUGCUAUCGCAGUUGAGGGACCCCAGAUGUGGGCUGCAGGUUGGCAGACAGCACUUUCCCAGAUUGGCCCCAACUUUGUUUGGUGGGUAGCUGCUCAAAGUGUCUUCUACCAUUUAUACAACCAAGUCUCUUACAUGUCCUUAGAUGAGAUCUCUCCUCUGACGUUUAGCAUUGGCAACACAAUGAAGAGAAUAUCUGUCAUUGUCUCAUCCAUCAUAAUUUUCCAUACUCCUGUCCAACCUGUCAAUGCACUGGGAGCUGCCAUCGCCAUUCUUGGAACUUUCUUGUAUUCCCAGGCGAAGCAGUAAAAUAUUACAAGGCAUGGAUAUAAAGUGGGCGGCGGCUUCAGUAGUAACAGGCUUUGGUCAAGGAGAUUUUGUGAUGAGUUCGAUAGCAGCCUCCUCUUAGAUUAUACUACGAAUAUAUCUAGAUUUGUGGAUUGGGCAUAUUAAUUAUGCUAUUUUAUUUUUUAUUUUUUUUAAACAUGUUUAUGCUCCUGACGCUUCUCAUCAGGCAGUUGUAGAAUUGCUUUAAUUUCCAGUUUCAAUAGUUUGCUACAAUAAUACAUGUUUGGCAAGUUGUAUUGUUGGGAAAACCCUUUAUCAGAAAAUGAUGUUUGCUUAGCUACCUUCAA